AUGCAGAAAGGCGGCUCAGCGACCGGGCGGCUCGGGUGCACAGCGGCUCGGCUCCCGGGCGGCUCGGCGGCUGGGCGGCUCGGGCGCAGGGCGGCUCGGCUCCCGGGCGGCUCGGCGUCAGGGCGGCUCGGGUGCAGCGGCGGGUCGACCGGUGCAGUGGCGGGCCGGCAGGUGCAGCGGCGGGCCGGCAGGUGCAGCGGCGGGCCGGCAGGUGCAGGCGGCGGGCCGGCAGGUGCAGCGGCGGGCCGGCAGGUGCAGGCGGCGGGCCGUAGGGUGCAGCGGCGGGCCGUAGGGUGCCGCGGCGGGCCGGCAGGUGCAGCGGCGGGGCCGUCAGGUGAAGCGGCGGGCCGCUGGGUGCAGCGGCGGGCCGGCAGGUGCAGCGGCGGGCCGGCAGGAGCAGCGGCGGGCCGGCAGGAGCAGCGGCGGGGCCGUCAGGUGAGGCGGCGGGCCGGCAGGAGCAGCGGCGGGCCGACAGGAGCAGUGGCGGGGCCGUCAGAGGCGGCGGGCCGUAGGGUGCAGCGGCGGGCCGUAGGGUGCAGCGGCGGGGCCGUCAGAGGCGGCGGCGGGGCCGCAGCAGUAGAGGCGGGGCCGCGUCAGGGGAGGCGGCGGGGCCGCGUCAGGGGAGGCGGCGGGGCCGCGUCAGGGGAGGCGGCGGGGCCGCGUCAGGGGAGGCGGCGGGGCCGCGUCAAGCAGGCGGCGGGGCCGCGAUCAGGAGAGGUGGCGGGGCCGCGUCUGAGGGACAGCGGGGCCGCGAGGGAAAAGGCGACCCGAGGGGUCGCUAAAAAAAAGGCGCGCCUCGGGGCGCGCUUCGGUGGGCCCUAA